AUGCAAUACAUUUUGCCACCCGACUCUGUGACUAUGGUCGCUGGAGCCUUCGGAGGAAUUGGUGCUCUAUCCACAUUAGCUUUCGUUAUUCUUGCUGUUCUUCAAUCUAAAAGUGCCGUCUGCAAGCCACCAGGGAAAGAAGAUGUGGACAAACUGAGCUCGAUUGAAGGAUUGCGACAAAUUAAAGAUGAUACAGGAGAUCCACCAUCAAAAGGAAAGUCAUCAGUAAAAGAGAAACUGCAGAAGAAAAAGCCAAAGAAAGAAGUUUAA